GUUCUCUGCUUCCCGUCAGUAUGCCGACUUUAGAAGCCCCAGAAGAAAGGCUGAGAAAAUUUAAGUACCGCGGCAAAGAUGUCUCUAUGAGGCGGCAACAGCGAAUGGCAGUGAGCUUGGAGCUCCGGAAGGCCAAGAAAGAUGAGCAGGCCUUAAAGAGAAGAAAUAUCACCAACGUCUCCUCAGACCCAGCUUCUGAACGACCAUCCAAAGAGGUCAGCCUCACCCUGCAAGAAAUAAUCAAUGGUGUGAAUGCCUCAGAUCCAGAUAUAUGCUUCCAGGCCACCCAGGCAGCCAGGAAAAUGCUGUCCCGGGAAAGAAACCCUCCGCUGAACCUGAUUGUUGAAACAGGGCUCAUUCCCAGGCUGGUGGCGUUCCUGAAGCCAUCACUUCAUCCCUGCCUGCAGUUUGAGGCAGCCUGGGCGCUGACCAACAUUGCUUCAGGGACUUCGGAACAGACCCGAGCUGUUGUGGAAGGUGGGGCUGUCCAGCCUUUGAUCGAGCUCCUGUCUUCCCCCCACAUGACUGUGUGUGAGCAGGCAGUGUGGGCUCUCGGGAACAUAGCAGGUGAUGGCCCAAAGUUCAGAGACAUCAUUAUCUCUAGCAAUGCUGUCCCACACCUGUUGGCCCUGGUCUCAUCAACUGUACCAAUCACUUUUCUGCGGAACAUCACGUGGACCUUGUCCAACCUGUGCCGAAACAAGAACCCAUACCCUUGCAAAAAAGCAAUGAAGCAGAUGUUGCCCGUCCUCUUCUACCUCCUGCAGCACCAAGACAGCGAGGUUCUCUCGGACACCUGCUGGGCCCUGUCCUACCUCACCGAUGGCUGCAAUGAGCGCAUCGGCCAAGUGGUCGACACGGGGGUCCUGCCCAGGCUGGUCGAGCUCAUGAGCAGCUCCGAACUCAAUGUCUUGACCCCCUCGCUCCGCACUGUGGGGAACAUCGUCACAGGAACGGAUCACCAGACCCAAGUGGCCAUUGAUGCAGGCAUGCUGAGGGUGCUACCUCAACUCCUGCUGCACCCCAAGCCCUCCAUCCAGAAGGAGGCAGCCUGGGCGCUGAGCAACGUGGCUGCAGGGCCCUGCCAGCACAUUCAGCAGCUGAUUGCUUAUGGCUUGUUGCCUCCCUUGGUGGCUCUGCUAAGAAAUGGAGAAUUUAAAGUCCAGAAAGAGGCUGUCUGGGCAGUGGCUAACUUCACAACUGGGAGCACCAUGGACCAGUUGAUACAGCUUGUCCAGUCUGGAGUCUUGGAGCCACUGGUGAAUCUGCUCCCUAUCCAAGACACCAGAAUUGUUAUCAUCAUCCUCAACAUCAUCUCCUUUAUCCUCCAGGCUGCAGAGAAACUUUCAGAGAAGGAAAACCUGUGUCUUCUGAUAGAAGAACUUGGUGGCAUUGAUCGGAUUGAGGCUUUGCAACUUCAUGAGAACCAUCAGGUGGCCCUGAGUGCUUUGAACAUCAUUGAGAAGCACUUCUGUGAGGAAGAAGAAAAUGGCAUAUUACCACCAGCCUUGGACCAACAUCAUGAAUUCCUAAAGUGCUUGACAAAAAAAUCCCAAAGCCCCACAACUUCCAAACCAGGGACCAAAUCCUAAAGGGUAACUUCAGGAGCUCCUUUAUUCUGGUAUACCACAGAUGUAAAGCUUUUUAAACUGAAUGUAAAUAAAAAUUUCAACACUUUCCCCUCCAUCAAAAAUGCAGUUAUACCACCUGUGUCUCAAAAUCAUGUGGAUUUACCUUCUAAGAACAUGUAGUUCAGUGGUUACCUUUAAGGAUCUUGAAGGAAGAACUUCAAAACAGAGUAGAAUGACCUGUAGCUAUUUAGACAAACUUUGACUUGUAGGCUUGGUUUAUCUGUAUUUUUUAUAUUGAUUUGAUUGUGGGUCCCCUACCCUUUUCAUUUUUAUGUAAUGCCUGUUAAUCCAGAGCAUUCUUCAGGAAGUCUGUGUGGGUAGUGGUCAAAAGGUGAGACUGGAGUGGGAAGGACCUAAAACUGCACUGAUAAUGGGUGUGGGAGAUGCUUAGAGGAGGAUUGGACUGUAUUUAUAUCA